CUCAAACAUCAACACAUCUCUACUCCUUCCUUGACAUCGCACACGCGCACUAGCCCCCGACUACUUCCGGCGACACGCUGCAGCUCGGGUCGCUGAAGUUCCGACGCACUAUCGCUCGAAUAAUGUCAGCACGGACAAAGUCAUGGGUGAUGACGUUGACCUUCAGGCAUCUCCACACGUCGCUGGCCAAGGCCUGCAUGCCACACACACACACACACACGAAACACACGGGAGACAAGAAAGCCAUCUCUCUCUAUGUCUGACUGCGUGUUCUACUCUCUGUCUUCUGGCAGCGGCUGACCUGGAGCAGCACUUUGUGGGCAGCACACGCGGCCGCUUCGUUGGUCGAAAAGGUGCCGUGGCCACCCCGGCAGUUAAGGCGUAGGAUGGAGCUGAUGACCAUUCGGGCAUCGGGGGUCAGCUCAGCCUUUAGACACACGCACAGCACACAUGCCCACCUAGCUAUACAUAGAUCCGCUGUGUCGGUGCGCGUGUAUAGGUGUGGACCUGCCUGCAGCACGUGCAGCUUCUUGUUCCGCCCACUGAUGUGGCGCUGCUUGUCCUCCAGCCACUGCCACACAGACAGCAGACUGACUCGUCCAUGGCCACCCAUUCCUCACUGCACAGACCCUCUCUCCGACCCGUGCCGACCUUGGUCAUGUUGUCCAUCAGCUGAUUCGGGUCAGCGGUGCGCGUCUUGCCCCAAGAUCCUGCCCACACAGGCCCAUGCGCAACAUCACGACUAACGAUCAACAAAUGUAAUCACACCUCGUGCAUCUCACCGCGCACGAGGUCCUCUUGUGCCGGGAGGCACGUGGCCCCCUGACCCAACAACACCAGCCUCUUGCCCGCGUCGGCCAGCCUCCCUAUCGGCCAGGUCAGGUGGUGACAAUCGGCGAUCUGAGGCAUGCAAGGAAAGAGAUGGCCUCCGAGGUGGCUGGAUGUCUGUGUGUGCGCAUGUGGGCUUGUCACCAUGUCGUUGCAGUGGGCUUCCCACAGAGCUCUCACUUCCCCCCACUGAUCGUCACAGAGCUUCUCCGGAAAAUCGCCCUUCAUCACCACAACCACCUGCACGAACACACACCUACGCGCACACACCCGCAAGUAUGGACCGUCGGCGCAGCGCACCACUUCGGUCUGCGCGUCGCGGUCGUGCACAACGAACUCGGCGAUCUCUCGGAUGAUCUCCUCCAGCGGCCGGCAGAGGAACGUGUGACUUACCCAGUACCUAAAUGCAUCACUCACCAUACAUACACACAGACAUGCCUGCAGGCACUCACCACCCACCACCCCCCAGUCAGCUCAUCACUUGGGUGGUGGUGGGUCGUGUUGCCUGAAGAAGGCCCCCUCUUUGGCAAGGUAGCUGCACACCGGUCGAGGCCUCUUGGAAGUGUCCUUAAUCCGCAGGUCGAUCAGCCGUAUACCCAUCCGCAGCUGCUGCAGCACGUUCACACCCUGACACCGCCCCCACCUGGCGGGCAGGCCACUCACAAAAGGGAAUCUGUCUGCACCCGAGUCGUGGCUGCCUGGAAAGAAGAACCUCACACAACACACAAUCUGGACAUCAGCAUUUCCCUGCAUUGAUUGCACUCAAUGUAUUCAGUGGACUCACCGGGCGGCGCCAACUCCACUAGCGACUUAUCUCAGACCUCCUGAUGCGUCAUCCAGUCCUUCAGCGUCUCCUCCUCGCCGCCACUCGCCCACUCACCACCCCUUUGAGCGUUCGCGUGACGGCCACCCAUUCGCGCCAGAAGCCCGGAAGGCCUCCCUGCACUCAUACACACGGAUCUGCAUCCAUGUGCGUCUGUCUGUCUGUGUGCCUGCCUGCCUGUGAACCGGUGUCGGGGUGUCUUGUGCUGCCGCAGCACCAGGUGAGCGACAGAGAUGAGUCCGAUCAAAGGGAAAGGGUCUGCUGCGUGACGCCAGCACCACACGGGGGAGUGAUUGCAGCGGCCGAGCGAUGCUUGGGAUGAAUCAAUGGGCAUGGAGCAGGGAGGGAUGACCUGCAGACGAUGGAUACAUGGAUACAUGACCAUUGAAGACGAUGGAAGACGAUGGAUACAUGGAUAGAUCGUUGCACGCACGUGCCGUUUCGUGGAGGUUUGCUACCUCUUCCUUUCCUUCCCC